UACCUGCAAGUAAUAUAUUGUAUGUUUGAUCUUGUAAUAAAAAUAAAACUUCAUCUCAUUAUCGAUGAAAAAUAUUUGUUAAAAGAUAAAUAGAGUAAGGAAUUGAAGAGAUUAAUUUAAUAUUUCACUUUUCAUUUGAGUGAAUCACAGUAGGUGCUACUCUAAAAUAAUAGACGUGUUAUACAGGGUUCAAUAACUUGGCCACCCUCGACAAUCUUCGAGAUAGACCUCGUAAAUACCAUUGUAACAACUCGCCCAUGGCCGAAGUGUUCCAAUUGUUGUAAAACUGAACUGCAGCCUUGCAGAACUCUCCAUCAAAUGUGUGACAAUUAAAACAAGAUGAAGGGCAAUAUUUUCUUACAUGUUGUCUUGUCUGGGCUGCUGUUAGCUGUAUCAGCUGACACUGAGGAUACUGAACCCAGUAUUGAAGUGGACGGAAAUGGAUACCUCAUAUUCUGUCUAUGCAUGGGGAGAUUUGGAAAUCAAGCAGAGCAUUUUCUUGGUGGCUUGGCGUUUGCAAAAGCCGUGAACCGGACAUUAAUUCUGCCAUCAUGGAGAACAUAUAAAAACAUCCCCUUCACAGACUGGUUCAAGAUUGAGAAACUAGCUCAAUACCACAGGGUGAUACUUGCAGAGGAUUUUAUGCGGGACCUUGCCCCCACAGUGUGGCCCCCCGGACAGAGGACCGGGUUCUGUUUCUCCUUUGAUGAGAACACAGAAUGUAAAAUGAAGGAAGGUAAUCCAUUUGGACCAUUUUGGGACGAGUUGGGUGUGAACUUUGACUCCAUGAAGGCAUUCACAGUCGCUUAUCAUGAGCCAGACCGAUGGGUUCAAAGAUUUUCACCUAGUGAAUACCCAGUCGUUGCCCUGAAGGGAGCACCUGCCUCGUUUCCCAUGGCAACAGAACACCGUGCCCUGCAGCAGUACAUGGAGUGGUCUGACAGCAUUGUUGAACAGGGGCAGAGGUAUAUACAGCAAAACUUCCCGGGACGGAAAUAUGUAGGGAUACAUCUCAGGAAUGGUCCAGAUUGGGAGAAGGCUUGCAGUCACCUUGAAGGUGGUUUGUCAUCAUUUAUGGCAUCUCCGCAAUGUAUCAACCCGCGGUCGAGCAAGAAGGUCACUCAGGAAAUCUGCUUUCCAUCCACAGACAUUAUUCUCAGUCAAAUUAAGGAGCACGUAGAAGAGACAGGCGCUACAGUUGUGUAUGUAGCUACAGACAAAAACCCUCUUAUACAUGAGAUAGAAAGUCAUUUGGCAGAUCUGAAGGUGUCAGUAUUCCACCAAGACCCCUGGCUGCCCCAGCUGGACCUGUACAUUCUCGGUGAGGCGGACCACUUCAUUGGAAACUGUGUCUCCUCUUUUACCUCAUUUGUAGCACGUGCCAGAACUGUACACAAUAAACCAACAUCAUUCUGGGCAGUCAGAUGAUGCAGGUUAUCAUUCUAGUAUUUUACUAUUCUUAAUGCUGAAAAUGUGUGUUUAAGUGUGAUUUUGUUGUGAUUAGUGCCAUUAUUGAUUUGUGAAUUUUAUAAAUAAAAGACUAGAAGUGCCCAAUCACUUUAUUAAUCGCAAAGUAGCAGUGUUUAUAUUCCAAAAGUGAGCACAACAAACGUUCUCCACUGAUAGACAAUGUGUUGCAUACAACAUUCUGGUUGUUAAGUUCCAAGUUCACAGUCUUAUGUUAUAUUAUAGUUUCAUUUUACAUGUAAAAAUAAUGUUUUACAAAAUUUGAAAUAACAUUGCACAAAUUUUGAAUACAGGUAUUAUGAUGUAUCUAAUACAACAGCCAGGUCCAACGUCACGUUCAUUUAGUUGUUGAUUAGCCUUUAUAUAGUAGACACACAUUUGUAACUGCUCCAAAACUUCCAACAGUAAGAAACUAAACACAAACGUUUUUUUUUUAAUCAAAAACAGAUUGUCUCCCCUAUAUGUAGCAGACACGAAAUGUAGUCAUAUGAUCUUUGACCCAUAAGAGUGACCUUGAAUCGAACUGGUUGUAACAUGUGGUCUGCACCUGGUCUAUAAAUGGUGAACAUUACUGGCGAGUUUUUUCAAAAUUCUUCAAGUGGUUCAUGAGAUAUGGAUGGGACACAAAAUAUAAUAUGAACUUUGACUUCUAUGUGUGAUCUUGACCCAAGCUGGUUGUAAAUUGUGCUUUGCACAUCAUAUCAUCAUAUCAAUAUACAUUUGUAGUGAGUUGUUUUUCAAGCGGUUCACUAAACAUGGAGCGUUUAGAGCGGACAUGCAAUGUAGUCAUAUGACCUUUGACCUUUAUGUGUGAUCUUGACCUUGAAUCCAGCACUCUGCACAUCAUUUCAAUUUUUUGAAACAUUUGUGGCAAGGUAUUUCACAAUCCUUUAAGCAGGUCAAGAGAUAUAGAAGGGACAUGAUUUAUGACUGACGGACAGGCAGACAACUCAAGCAAAAACAAAAUGUCUCCCCUUAUAAGGGGAGGGAGACAUAUUAACUUUGAUGAUAUACCUACAAUGAGAAAUGUAUUCACAACAGGCAGAUCUAUAGUGCCUGGGUGAAGGUAACAAACUAGUUCGUAUUCUUAGUUUCAUAUGGUAUAUAAUUUCUGUAGUUCUGUAGCUUCGACAGUGUUGAACUAAAUUAAAUCAAUGAAACUUGGAGCAAAAUUGAGUGUGAUGUGUUACAUACAAUUCAAUUCCCAAGACUGGUUCCAUGAGCCAAGUCAAUGUUCAGAACAAAAAAACUAUCAGUAAACACUAUCCAGCAUCAAACUCAAUUCUGCAAGGUCAAGGUUGUGUCACAAAGCAAAACUAUCCAGCACCGAACUCAAUUCUGCAAGGUCAAGGUUGUGUCAUAUAGCAAAACUAUCCAGCACCGAACUCAAUUCUGCAAGGUCAAGGUUGUGUCAUUUAGCAAAACUAUCCAGCACCGAACUUAAUUCUGCAAGGUCAAGGUUGUGUCAUUUAGCAAAACUAUCCAGCACCGAACUCAAUUCUACAAGGUCAAGGUUGUGUCAUUUAGCAAAACUAUCCAGCACCGAACUUAAUUCUGCAAGGUCAAGGUUGUGUCAUUUAGCAAAACUAUCCAGCACCGAACUCAAUUCUACAAGGUCAAGGUUGUGUCAUUUAGCAAAACUAUCCAGCACCGAACUCAAUUCUGCAAGGUCAAGGUUGUGUCAUAUAGCAAAACUAUCCAGCACCGAACUCAAUUCUGCAAGGUCAAGGUUGUGUCAUAUAGCAAAACUAUCCAGCACCGAACUUAAUUCUGCAAGGUCAUGGUUGUAUUCAUAUAGCAGAACUAUCCAGCACCGAACUCAAUUCUGCAAGGUCAAGGUUGUGUCAUAUAGCAAGACUGUCAAGCACCGAAUUCAAUUCUGCAAGGUCAAGGUUGUGUCAUAGCAAGACUGUCAAGCACUGAACUCAAUUCUGCAAGGUCAAGGUUGUGUCAUGUAGCAGGACUAGACAUGCUGCAAUGCAAUGCAAACCAGGUUUUCAGUGGAAAAGGGUGAAACUUAAUGCAUUUUAUAUGCUUCUAAGUAAAAAGCCAACAUUGUCAAGCCCACUGCUGAAUAGAAGUCCCGAAACAGUUCUAUGACAUUAAAUAUCAAAGAGUUUUCAUUAAUAAUGGUUUUGGUAUUGUUUUACUGGCUUUGUUUAAGUUUAGGUGACAGGCAAUCUACUCAUGGUGAACAUUAGUGCAAAGUUAUUUUAAAAUUCCCAAAUAAAGUUUCACUGAUAAAAACUCCCUCUGAACCCUUCUAACUUUGCCAUUC